AUGAGUGCUGGUGGUGGUAAUCAGAUGAUCUCUGUUGUUCCGGAUGAGCUCAAAUUCCAAUUUGAGCUGGAGAAGCAAAGCUUUUGUGAUCUAAAAGUUGUCAACAACACAGAACACCAUGUUGCUUUUAAGGUUAAAACCACUUCACCUAAGAAGUACUUUGUACGACCCAACACUGGUGUUAUACAGGCUUGGGACUCAUGUGUCAUCAGAGUCACCCUUCAAGCCCAACGAGAAUAUCCUCCAGAUAUGCAGUGCAAAGAUAAAUUUCUCCUACAGAGUACAACAGUGCCUCCAAAUACUGAUGUUGAUGACCUCCCGCAAGAUACUUUCACCAAGGAAAGUGGAAGGGCAUUAGAGGAGUGCAAGCUUAGAGUUGUGUAUAUGACUCCUGGUUUAGCUCAAGGAAACUCAGAAGACGAAGCUUUAAGGAGCUCCAUGCACGGUCUUGAUACUAAUUCUAAUCAGGCUUUCCAGCGCCUGAAGGAUGAAAGAGAUGCAGCUGUUAGACAAACACAGCAACUUCAACAGGAACUGGAUAUACUGAAGAGGCGAAGAUUUCGGAAAGGCGACCCAGGCUUCUCCUUCACCUUUGCAAUUUUUGUGGGACUCAUUGGACUCAUGGUUGGCUUCCUCUUGAACCUUUCAUUAUCUUCACCAUCUACAGAAUGA